AUGGUAACCUCUUGGCCCGUGACGGGAAGACUGAGUGGUGACAUGAAUGCUCUUGGACAGGAGUGGCAGGUUCAUGAUGAUGAGCCCAUGCUCUUCAAAGCUGCCAGAGCUCCCCAGUACCCUGCUAAGUGCAUCCUUCCCGACAUGACCCAAAAGGAAGCUCGUCAUUUGAGAGAAGGCGUCACUGAAGAAACCGCCAAGGUGGCUUGUGCUCAUUUGAAGGAGGAUGCUCAUGCCUUUGCCAACUGUGCGUAUGGUGUUACUGCCACCAACGACCUCGACAUGGCGGAGAGUGGAGUGUACUAA